AUGGGUGCGUCAGGGGGCUUGUUAACCUUAUGGGAUUCAGCUGAGGUGGAGGUGUGGUCAUCUGAGAGUUCCGAAUAUGUGUUGUGGUGCCAUGGUCGCUUCGUUAGAUCUGGGGAGGAGUUUUAUUUGGCAAAUGUUUAUGCGCCUUGUGAUGCUGGGGCGAAGCAGGUUCUGUGGGACUCGCUUUCGAUAAAAAUACAGGCGUUGGGGAGGUCAAGGGUGUGUGUUUGCGGGGAUUUUAAUGCUGUUAGGAGUGUAGAUGAACGUCUUUCGGUUAGGGACGGGUAUCGCUCCUCGGACCAUUUUUCUUUUAAUCGAUUUAUCGAUGAUAACACCUUGAUUGAUUUACCGCUGUGUGGUCGAAAGUACACUUGGUUUAAAGGGGAUGGGCGUUCUAUGAGUCGUUUGGAUAGAUUCUUGCUUUCUGGUGAGUGGUGUUUGACUUGGCCUAAUUGUACACGGCUUGAUGAAUGGGGAGGUUUUGUGCUUAAAGAAAAAUUUAAAUGGAUUAAGACGGCUUUGAAAGAUUGGCAUACGACUCACACCCAGAAUUUGCCUAGUCGGAUUGAGUCUCUGAAGGACCGGUUGGAUGUGCUCGAUGAGAAGGGGGGUGAAGAGGCCUUAUCUGAGACUGAGUUAGCAGAGUUUCAUGGGGUCUCGUCGGAUAUUCAUUCUCUCUCUCGGUUGAAUGCAAGUAUUUAUUGGCAGCAAUCUCGAUCGCGGUGGCUCAAUGAAGGGGAUGCUAAUACUAAGUAUUUUCACUCGAUCCUUGCGAGUAGACGGAGGGUUAACGUUAUUUCGUCUUUGCAGGUGGAUGGUUCCGCGGUGGAGGGUGUGGCUUCUAUUAGGCAUGCAGUCGUAUCUCACUUUGCGUCUCACUUCAAAGCUGUUAAUGUGGAACGACCUGGGGUAGAGAAUCUUACUUUUAAACGGUUGCAGGCAACAGAGGCGAGCAGACUUUUGGCCUGA